UGUAAAUUCUGAAAGUUAGCUAGAAAAGUUAAUAAAUGUACGAUAACAAGGAUAAUAUAGCAGACAAAACUCAAACUAGCCUUGUGUUUUGUGCCUCGCAACACUUCGGAGGACCUACUUGAUAGUUUGCAAAAGAAUGGAUAAUCGAAUAAUUAUGGCCAACAACACAUUCUCAGCCAACGAUGAUGUCCUUAACAUCAAGGGCACCGAGGAAAAUGAUGUAAAGAUCGACAUGGAUUGUCUAUCUCUGGAACCAAACAACAUGAGUGCCAAAUGCUGUGAACAACCGGAGAAUAAGCCGGAGAUGUGCAAAGUGGGUCUAUUUCCGAUAAGCGAUCCACAACGUCCUGCACUGAUCGAUGCGGGCAUGGCAGCACAAAAUCUAUGCAAGAAAAGUAUACAAACACUGAACAGUCUUACCGAUGAACUAGUUGUGCGGGCUCCCCAGGGGAAACAAUUCAUAAAAAUCGUCAGAAACGAAGAAACGCAACAACUAAAAGAUGCAGAACAGAACGAAGACUUCCCUAUGAUUGUUGCCCGGUCACAGCCUAACGAGCGCUACUCACCAAGCCGAGCCCGCGAAUUUCUAACUGAUAUGCAAAUAAUUCCCUCUAACGUUACUUGCCUGUCUAUUUUCGUCAGUGUUCUUGUUAAUAUUGUGGUAUGGUUCUUGGUAUGGUAUGUUCUAAAAGUGUUCCAAAUGGAUGAGCUUAAACAAUUUUGACGAUACACAUUAGCUAGCAUCAUGAGGAAGUUAAACUACUAAUUUUUCUUUUUAUUUGGCGAAAUAAGUGUACUCGGUAUGAUCUGCUAUAAGCCACUACUGAACAUGGCUAUUUAAGCCUUUCAUAGGGUUUCAGAGGUUCUUAUAAUUUUGAGACAUUUUCUUGACUGUUUCUUAAGGGGAAACGGGCUCUAUAGCAUCUUUUUCGAACAAAUCCAAUAGGAAUUUCCAAUCUGAAUGUUCCCAAAGAGUGCUGUAGAGUUCAAUUCCCAUCACAUCUCAUUAUGUUAGAUAUAUUGUUCAGUCAAGCGAGUUGAUGAUUGCAUUACGAUACGAGAUUAAAUGCAAACAGUGCCUUACUCAUGUACACCAAACAUGGCUAUACGCUUAAAUAUAUGCAAUAAUACAGUAUCGAGUGUAUAACAUCUACAACACACCUGUAAAACACAUGAGAAGUCAUAUUACACUCUUCCAAAUGGCAGUAACUGGCAAGGCAAAACUAUAGCCUUCAUGAGCAAGUAUAUCUAGAAAAGCGCGCAAGAAACACUCGACAAUAUACCACACUCUUGUGCAUCACACAAUUAUACGAUACUUAUACUCCUAGUAAUAGGUUUAUUUAAAACGAUUCUUAGUAUCAAAACUCCGAUGUGCCUGAGCGAAUAUCAAAAUUAAAAGAAUGCUCCAUGUGAUACGAUCAUGUUCGUGUAUUUACAACGGCACCAUUAAAUAUAUCAGGACUGAACUUGUUCUAUUGAUCGAACAUUUAUAAAAUCAAACAAAAAUGAAUUUACUGGUCUAAUUAUAAUUGCUGCAA